AGGCGCACUGCCGCCGCCGCGUCCGCCGCGUCCGCCGGGUCCGGGGUGGACGUUCCUCACUGGAGGCCGACGGGAAACAGACUUGGAGAUGGGACUUCAGAAGUUUGUCCGGGGUCCUGUAACGGGCAAGUGAUGGAGCCACAUUUGAACACAGGCUGUCUGAUUCCAAAGUCCACAAACUUGACCUCCAAAUUCAGAGGAAGCUGUAGAUGACGUCCUUGGGUUUCUAAAAAGCAUGGAGAGCAAGGCUGAAAAAUAAAUAGUGGAUAACAGCACAGAGUUUCCUCUGGUGGAAGGACGGAGAGGCCCACGCUUAGAGCACAGAGAGAUCCCUGCUAACCGAAGCAGAUGCAACAAACUGUGGGCAAACAGGGGUGGCGCACCUUGCAGAUGGCCCCGCUUCCGGGGGCAGAGCUAGUCCAGAGGCCGCUGCAGCUCUACCGAUACCUGCUGCGCUGUUGCCAGCAGCUGCCGACCAAGGGCAUCCAAGAGCAUUACAGACAUGCUGUAAGGCAGAGUUUCCAGGUUCAUGCAGAUGAAGACGACCCUGAGAGAAUCCAGCAGAUUAUUAAAAGAGCCAUUGAGGAUGCCGACUGGAUCAUGAACAAAUAUAAAAAACCAAACUAGAAUCCAGGGCCUAAAAUAUGAAGCUGUCCUAAAGACAUCUGAAGUUGAGAGGCCUCUUUUCUUCUGGAACUAACCGGUGGCAGCAGUUUUAGAAUACCCACCGGCCUUGCUGGCUGAGAGAACAAGAAGUCAGAGGGAGACAUUGGCCUUUGCUCAGAUGGCUCUUCUCACCUUGUUCCUGAUGCUGGCCUCCUGUAUGUUUGCUCUGUCGGCUGCCCCUUAUGACUUGGGGUUUGGGGAGAAUGUGGAUUUUUUGUUCUUUAUCUUUUCUUUUUUUGUGUGCAUGUUCCUCUUUUUGUACUUUGCCCUAAAAGUGCUUCAUCUCUUCUGGAGGUCUCUUAACCAUUCUCUGAGACCCGAGGCAGCCGUGUACUCAGAUGGCAGGCUGAACAGAGGCAGGAACACGGGCUCCAGAACCAGACAGAUCCGAAUGUGAAUCUCAGCUCAGCUGCUUUUCGAGAUUUUUCAGGUUCAGUUCCCUCCUCUGCAAAAUGGCGACUCUAGGGUUGUUGGGAGAGUUAAAUGGGAUUAAGUCAAAGUGCCUAACAUGAGCUAUGAUACAUGAUUGUGCCAGUAGAUAUUCCCACGCUGCUCCCUCCUCUGCUUCUGUAGUGCUUGGGACAUCUCUGCUUUAGCGCACACCACGUCAGGUCUUCGUUGAUUUGUUUAUUGGCUUGUCCCUGGAUGCAGAGAAGACUUGUGUCCUGUCCCUCCUUGUACCCCGGAGCCCUCGCAGUUGUGUGGUGCCUGCCCAGCACCCUGCCAUGUAUGCCCAGGGAAGUACAAGCCCCGGUCCUUGCCUUCAAGGAGUUGACAGUGUCCCUGAAGGGGUGAAAUGUGCAUGAAACAAGGAAGAAUGUCACAGCAGCUAUAGUGGGUGCCGACAUGUACAGGCUUCGAGAGUGGGAGACCUGUCUUGCCUGGUCCUUCCUGUUUUGCCACCAUCUUGGAAGGAAGGAGGGGAGCCGGGAAGGCCCCUGAUCAUCCCAGCGAGGAAGGUUCCCAGGCUAGGAUUGUUUACUUCCCUGCCUGAAAAGGCUUUGCAGGCGUCCCCAGGUGUCUGGCCGUGGUUCUACCAUUGGGACCCCUUCCUAGCAGAGACUGAAGGAAUUGGGGGGAGAGCGGGGUGUUGAGUCUCCUCAAGAGCCAGAGCGUUGGAGCAGCCAGAAGAUGCUAGAGAAGCCAUUCUGGGGCUUGGUAUUCCCCGAGGUCACUCAGCCAGAGGGUUGAGCCAGUAUGUGUGUAUAUCCUUGUGAUUAUGUGACUUAAAGUGAUUCAGAUACAUAUGUAUGUACUCAAGUGACUAAUAAAUAAUGAAAUAAAUGUAUCAAGUUGUGAAAUCUCUGGUCUCUUCUCGAACAAUGUGCUUACUCUUUCCCUAAACGUGUGUGUCCCUACUGUGUGCUGGAGGCCCUGGGUGUUGCAGAUGGUUAAGCACUUGACUACUAGCUGAGAGGUAGGCGGUUUGAAUGCACCCAGAGGCACCUCAGAAGAAAGGCCUGGAGAUCUACUUCUGAAAAAUCAGCCACUGAAAACCCUGUGGGGUACAGUUCUACUCUGAUACAAAUGGGGUCGCUAUGAGUUGGAAUCAACUGAGUGGCAACUUUUUUUUUUUUUAAAUAUGUACUAACAUUGUACAAGGUGCUGAGGUUUAAAGAUGAAUAAGAGAUGAAGCUGCCCCUGAGAGGCUGAUUCUUCAAGGGUUGACCAGGCACUGGUUCCACUGUAGGCAACAAUCAAUGAGGUCCAGUUUGGCCCACCAAGGUGCAGGCAAA